CCCGCCGGGGGGCGCCGGGGUGGCAGGCGCGUGCGCGGUGCGGCCCCAACCCCGGCCGCCGCCGCCGCGAUGACUAUUUUAGUCCAAGCCGCUGCCAGCGCGGGGACCCUGCACGGGCGGAGGAGCCUCCCGACCCGCCCAUCGGCCGCGGCGUUCGCGUCGGGCGCCCGUCGAGUCGCCGUGUGCCCCGCGCCCCGCUGCUGUCGCCCCAAACUUCAGCCGGCGCCGCCCAGGCUCGGGGCCAGGGACAAGCCAGGGCCGCCGGGUCCUAGGCGGAGGCAGCGCGCAGCCGGGCGCAUCGUGUCGCUCAGCCCUUCCCGGCGCUGGCUGUUCGAGGUGGGGCACGGCGCUCACCGCACACCCUCGUGAACCGAGAGCUCCGGGUCAAGGAGAACAGUUGACGGUGACGUUCCUUCUUGAAGGAGCGAGGAGCUUUCCAGAUGAAUUAUACCGAGUCCAGCCCAUUGACUGAAUCAACAGCAGUAGGUUUUACACCUGAGUUAGAAAGUAUCACACCUGUGCCUUCCAAUGGGACCACUUGUGAAAACUGGAGAGAGAUACAUCAUCUAGUUUUUCAUGUAGCAAAUGUUUUUUUUGCAAUUGGGUUGAUUAUUCCAACUGCUCUUCACCUUCAUAUGAUACUUCUUAGGGCGAUGUUUGCUAUAGGGUGUACCCUUUAUAUCGUCUGGGCCACUCUCUACCGAUGUGCCUUGGAUAUCAUGAUCUGGAACUCUGUGUUCCUGGGUGUCAACGUUUUGCAUCUUUCAUAUCUUUUGUACAAGAAAAGACCGGUGAAGAUUGAAAAGGAACUCAGCGGUAUCUACCGGCGGUUGUUUGAACCGCUCCGUGUGCCUCCAGAUUUGUUCAGAAGAUUAACCGGACAGUUCUGCAUGAUCCAAACCUUGAAAAAGGGACAGACUUAUGCUGCAGAGGAUAAAACCUCAGUCGACGACCGUCUGAGUAUUCUCCUGAAGGGAAAAAUGAAGGUCUCCUAUCGAGGACAUUUUCUGCAUAACAUUUACCCCUGUGCCUUUAUAGAUUCUCCUGAAUUUAGAUCAACUCAGAUGCACAAAGGUGAAAAAUUCCAGGUCACCAUUAUUGCAGAUGAUAACUGCAGAUUUUUAUGCUGGUCAAGAGAAAGAUUAACUUACUUUCUGGAAUCAGAACCUUUCCUGUAUGAAAUAUUUAGAUAUCUUAUAGGAAAAGACAUUACAAAUAAGCUGUACUCAUUGAAUGAUCCCACCUUAAAUGAUAAAAAGGCCAAAAAGCUGGAACACCAGCUCAGCCUUUGCACGCAGAUCUCCAUGCUGGAAAUGAGGAACAGCAUAGCCAGCUCCAGUGACAGCGAAGACGGCUUACACCAGUUUCUUCGGGGCGCCUCCAGCGUGUCCUCUCUUCAUGUGUCAUCCCCACACCAGCGAGCCUCCGCCAAGAUGAAACCAAUAGAAGAAGGGGUGGAAGAUGACGACGAGGUCUUUGAACCCGUGUCUCCAAAUGCGUUUAAAGGCCAUCAGUUGCCUUGAUCAGAGAGAGGAGUCAAGUUACCAAGAUGGAAAUUGUCUUGAAGAGAUCCUGAAAAAUACCAGCACUUUUUCACAGCUUUUCGGUUACUCUGUUUUAGUACAUCCAGACGGGUGGAGUCUGAGGGCAGGAAAGUGAGGAGGAUUUGAAAAUGGGAAGGGUAUUUUAGCUCUCCUGUUUAUUGGUCAGCUUUUUAAGUAAUUGUUUUACUGAGCCUUCUGACUAAACCUACUUCUAUUCUGAGAUAUAUAUUUUCACAGUAUUUUCUAGAUAUAUUAUCAUUUUAACUUUAAAAACUCUUAGUGCUCUGUCGCUGCAAAUGCUUUCACUUAUUUUUCUGAGUUGUGGUUCAUUUUCCUCACAGACGAUUUUUUUCUCCACCAUGGCAAUGGGUUGUCCAUUGGAUAGUUUUAACAAACAAUGUAAGUUUGACAUUGAGGUUGAAGUAACAAAAAGCGGGCUUUCUUCCGUUGAUUUUUUGGAUGGAAAAGUUUAAAGAAAGAUGUGAUUCAGCUGGAGUAUAUUUUUCCUCCCAGGCCAGACGCAUUAAUUACUCCUCCAAAUCACCUUAUUUCUUUGCACAUUGUGUAGACAGCUUGAUGAUGAGCCAAACUCAUACGGCUUUGCUCACAUUACCCUCGUAUUAUGCUAUUUAUAAACUGGUCUGAAACAUAAGGCUGGAAAGCUAACAGAGGGAAACAGUUCUGAGUUCAGUGUCGACGUUUAGCAAAACUCAGCUUACGUGUGAUUUGGAGCCACCUUGCCCACACACUCUAGGGUGAGGAACACUUGGAGUAGGGAAGAUAGGAGAGUCAAGUGGCCAAGAAACUGUCACAGAAUGACAUGACUGUCAGAGAAGCUUCAUCCUUCAGUUGGUGUUCUGAAGUUUCAGAUUGUACCCCCAGAGCCAUCGAUGUCUCUUUAAAAUGUGUGCCAGUACCCGGUGCCAGAGCUGUGAAUGUGAAGACAGCUGUGGGGGCAGACAGUUCGCCACAGGCCAUGCCAUGGCCACCCAACCUAGAUAUUGCUGUGAGGGCCCUGGUUCCAGAUCUCUGUUUUCUAUUAGAAUCAUGUUUCAGGAAACGGUGGUAUUUGGGAAAUGAGAAGUUUGCUUAAACCCCCAGUCAGUCUGGCCCGUGUGACUGUGGCACUCCACGGGGUGAAGCCCAUUGAUUGGCUGUGCUACGCCGUGCCCCACUGAUGUUUAUUUUGUUCCAUCCACUAGAACCGACUUUGAGUUAGUCCCCUCUUAUAUUAAAUAGCUGAGAGAAGUUCCAAAUGAAAUUAUUUCCAGGUGAACUGAGCCAAAAGCAGCAUCUCUUGUCAAGAGGUGAUUUCUGUUUAGAGAAGGUAAAUAAGCUACUCUAGCGUUACCCCAUAUUCCUAAAGCCAUUUUUUUAGCUAAUUUUUUUGGUAAUUUCACUUGAGUUAAAUUUACACAGUGGAUUACUCAUUGAGAAGCCGUAGACUGGGAGUCCAGCUCUUAACGUCUUUAUCAAAUAUUGGCUUGUUAACAGCACAGUGGAAAAGCUGAUUUCACUUUCCUAUGAUAGUGGGCUCUUCAGUUUGUAAAUUAGAAAUUUGUUUUGGGGAAAUGAAGCAAAGGUAAACGACUGAGGCUUGGCUUUAAGGUUGUCGAGCUCUAUUAGGUUGAACUCUCUCUGUGCCUGGGAUCAUGUGUGUCGCGACAAUGUAAUGGUGUUAACACUGCCGUCCUUUAGCUAUGGGAGUAAAGUCACACAUGCAGAAGACUAAUUUAUGAAAUCACUCUCUAGAGUAAUUAGAUAUUACAUCCUUCCCUGAGCAGAAAGUAAGUGUAGAUGCUGCAGAGGCCGCGUUUUUAAUAUUCUCUGCAUCCACAGAACCUUGGGGUCUCCAUCCCGUGACCCAUCUUCAGGUUUGUCUCACUUUGUGAGCCUCAGACAGCAGAGAGGGUCAACUGUGAUGAUCAUCCUGGAUGUGUUUGGAGGUUAUUUUCUGUAGUGCUGGGAGCAAACAUUUUUAAAAGCACACUGCUAUAAUUAGAUGAUAUAAAGUCACUUACGGUUUUUAUUAAAAUAUGUGUGUGCAUGUGCACAUGUGCGUCACAGUCACUGAUAACAAAGAUUGUAACCUCAAGAUCAGGAAUCUUAAAAGAGCCACUUAGCCUGAAUGGGAAACAUGAAACUAUUUUUAAAUACACACCUCGAAGGAAGACAAUGAGAUUCAGAGAAAAGAAGCCACAAGCCGCUGAGUAGCCCUCCCACAUAGAGUUGACAGCAAAGAAGCAGAUAGGAAAAUAGAAAAGAGUUUUAAGUGUCAGAUCUCCUAUGGAUGACUUUAAAUUCAUUUAUACAAAUGAACAAGUGUAUCUUUGUAUAAGGCACAAAUACACAGACAAAAACCAUGUUUGCUGCCAAAGCCGCCAUAAGAUGCUUCCUGUGUUUUUGGCACUCACUCAGCUGUGUGACCAAGCUUUAGAAAAUGGUCUGCAAAAAUCAUUCUAUAUAUAACCCCAAAUCUACUAGGUUUAAAUGUAAUGAUAUCAAGUCCAUUGUAUGAAUCUAGAGUCUAACAUUUAUACCAGAAAGUUUGUCAUUUGUAAUAUUUUGAAAGCCCUCAUAAAUAUUUAUAUUUAUGAAGUAAUAGCACAGACAUUAUAUAGAUUCUCGGUGAGGUUUAUAUAUUGUAAAUGGGUAAUAAUGGGUGCUAUAUUCAUGAUUUUUCAGUUACCAUCCUUGGCUUUCUGGGAUCUUUUCUGUUUCUCCCUGUGGUUCAGUCUCACUUUAAUCACGGGACACCUUCGUGCUUUGCUCUCAGCAGUGUGUGCACUAGGAGACCCGCUCCGUGUCUGGUUCUCCUUCCACGUGUCUGAAGCUUUUCUGAUUUUAUAACUUGCAGCUGCUGAUUCCUGCCUCCUGGGUCCUAUCAUGGCCCCAAAGACAAAGUCCCUUGGAGGGUGGAAAAAUCUUUGGGGAGAGUUGAUGUAAUCUACACAUUCUGCCCUGUCCCCCAUGCACCCAGGUAAUGUCUCCACCCUCCAGUGAAGAUUGUCGUGUUGUGUGCGGUGGUGCCCAGCUGAGCACCUGGGCAUGCGGGUCUAUCCCGACCUCGCAACUCCGUGCCCUCCUCCUUACAGACCCCAGGGUGCAGCUCCAAGGGUUCACUGUAAUUUUUUUUCAUCCAUUUCCUUGGUCAUUUCUAAAGCUGCUCUGCAGAAACCUCUGACCUUGCCAUGCCUCACUUUCCCCUCCCUUCUCUCUUUCCAACUCCAGUUUCCCAACCUCUUUUUCUAAUUAUCCCAAACUAAAGUUAUUAGAAAUUCCCACCGGCUUGAUUCAAAUUCCCAAGGAUUUGAAAGGAUAGGAUUCUGUGCAGGAAACUCGAGGUUUCAGCAUAAUCACAGCUUUGGUUCUGCUCACAGGACAGCACAUUUUCUCACUGAUGGUAGCCAUGCUUUGAUUGUCACAGAACCCCAAAUACCUGUGUAUAACCACAUAUUGUGUCGUCUGAGACCUCCUUUUGAGUAUACUAUUGACAGGUUUUUGUUAUACUUGCAACCUAGUUUUAAAGUACACAAGGAUUUUAUGAAUGCCUUAUACAGACACAUUAUUUAUAGGAAACUCAUUCUUUCUGUUUUUAGGUACCAUUUACAUGGAUAACAUUUACUUUAUAAUAAAUUUACGUCUUGUCUGAAUAGAGCCUUAUGGUUUAAACUAUCUUCAUAUAUUGUCAUUUGAUCAAAUAAAUUUCUU